AUGGCUCAAGGCCGAGAGGAAUCCCUCUCGGCCUUGGAAAUUUGUACAGUCUCAAGCGUCGGAGGAAUUCCUCCAACCUUGAGGCAAAGCUCACACCGCCGGGAGGAAGCCCUCCCGGCGAGCCUCUCGUCGGGAGGGAUUACCAGCUUCAAUAAAAAGGGCCUCCUCAACCUCAUGAGCACGCUCCAAGUGAUCAAGAAUUGGAAGUCUCAGGUCUUGCUCAUCGACCAGUUCUUGAACAUCGACCUCCUCGAACAAAUCGAUCUCCUCUUGAACAAUCGCAAACAAGUGUUGGGGAAGGCGGAUGUGGAUCAUAAAGGCUCAGAUAACGAGCUCGAGGCGUUCUCAAAGAAGGAGAUCCUAGAUCGAAUCGAUGAUGAUAGAGAACGAGUUGAGUCUCCCGCCCCACAAGCGGCUUCGCGAGCGAAUCUGGGUCCUCCCGAUCCCCUUGAUUGCGACUCUGUCGCCGAAGCCGACGCCGAAUGCGCAUCAUCCGGCGACGACCUACACCUACCAUCGCUCGGCGACGCUCCUUCACACCUCGUUGUUGUCGGCCGGCACAGGCGCCGAUCGACGGUCGGCCCGCACAUCAAAUCCGACCUCACUAUCUCCCUCGAAUGCGACCAGUUAAUUCAGGCUAAUCUCGAAGAUACCGGGCCCGAUGGGCUCGAAGAUCUCAAUCGGAUCGCUAUCAUACAUAUGUAUGUAGCUCCAACGAGGAGCCAUCUCUUGGCUCGCAUUGACGAUCGGAUUGGGGUCUGGAGACUGGAGCUGUCCAAAAAAUGCAAGUUUUGCGGAGACGGCUUGUUGUACCCCUUGUUGGGAGGAAUCCCUCCCGACGAGAGGGUGUACAACCCAUCUCGUUGGGAGGAAUCCCUCCCGACGAGAGGGUGUACAACCCAUCUCGUUGGGAGGUCUCCCUCCCGACGAGAGGGUUUACAACCCAUCUCGUUGGGAGGAAUCCCUCCCAACGAGAUGGGCUUAAGACCAGCUCAUCGGGAGGGUUUCCUCCCGAUGAGCUGGACUAUGGGCCGUCAGGGUUCAAACGAAGCGAAUCCCUGUAGGACCCAGGCCUGGGUCCUACAGGGAUCUUCAAGGCCAUCGGCCAAGGUUUGA